CGAGCCACUUGAAGAAAGUAUCCCUCCCCUCCAUCAAGACGCACAAGACUCUGAACCGAAGGAUAUCUUGGCCUCCCUACAGAAGCUGAUUAUUCGGAUCUAUGUAAUGAUUUAUCCCACACCAUGAUCCCAUACUGAUACGAAACUUAGACAGAUUUAGUCAAUAAGUCGACAGAUUUGUUCAGGGACAUCUGCGUUGGCGUCAAACAUGCGCAAAAAUUCACGCUAUCAAAGCAGAGAAUCACCGUAAACGGAAUGAUCGCUUCUCACGUGAAGUCACCUUGAUUGUUUGUUUUUAAAAGAAGCGACAAGCUUAUCGACUCCGAAAAUACCCGCAACCGAGAGACCGAAGUGGGAACGAGCGCUGACAUCCGCAGUAUAUCUGGAAAUACGGUGUCCUAAGCCAUGGGGGCCUUCUUGGACAAACCGAAGACAGAGAAACAUAAUGCUCACGGAGCAGGCAACAGUCUACGCUUUGGCCUGAGCAGCAUGCAGGGCUGGAGGGUUGAGAUGGAGGAUGCGCACACGGCCGUUUUGGGUCUACCGCAUGGCCUGGACGACUGGUCAUUCUUCGCAGUGUACGAUGGUCACGCUGGCUCCCGCGUAGCCAACUAUUGCUCCAAACACCUGCUGGAGCACAUCAUAACCAGCAGUGAGGACUUCCGUUCAGGGCCCGACUCUGUGGAGGGCGUUAAAAGUGGCAUUCGUUCUGGCUUCCUGAAGAUCGACGAGUACAUGCGCAACUUCUCGGACCUACGUAACGGCAUGGACCGUAGUGGCUCCACGGCAGUUGGCGUGCUUGUGUCCCCUGAGCACCUCUAUUUCAUCAACUGCGGAGACUCCCGUGCCGUACUCAGCCGCGUCGGACAGGUACGGUUCUCCACACAAGACCACAAGCCAUGCAAUCCUCGUGAAAAAGAGCGCAUUCAAAACGCAGGAGGUUCUGUGAUGAUCCAAAGGGUGAAUGGUUCACUUGCAGUGUCACGUGCCCUGGGGGACUAUGACUACAAGUGUGUGGAUGGGAAGGGCCCCACUGAGCAGCUGGUAUCUCCGGAACCGGAGGUGUUUGAAAUCCCACGUGUUUCAGAAGAGGAUGAGUUUGUGGUGCUCGCCUGCGAUGGCAUCUGGGAUGUGAUGAGCAACGAGGAGCUGUGUGAUUUUGUGCGCUCUCGGCUAGAGGUGUGGGAUGACUUGGAGAAAAUCUGCAACUCUGUGGUGGACACCUGUUUACAUAAGGGAAGCCGUGACAACAUGAGUGUUGUUCUAGUAUGUUUCCCCAAUGCACCGAAGGUAUCAGAGGAGGCUGUUAAGAGAGAGGCCGAGUUGGACAAGUUCCUGGAGGCUCGUGUGGAAGAAAUCCUGGAGAAGUCAGGGGAGGAAGGCAUCCCAGAUCUAAGCCAUGUCAUGCACAACCUUCGCCCUGAGAGCAUCCCCAACCUGCCACCGGGUGGUGGUCUCGCUAGCAAACGUAGUGUAAUUGAGGCUGUUUACAACAGGCUAACCCCACACAGAGAAGAAGAUGGGAGCGGAGGUGACCUGGACGACCCCUGGUAGCCCAAGCAGCCAACGGCAUCUGAACCACAUGAGAAUGUCCUCAGUUCACAAAAGAAAACCCUUGCUCACACACUUUUUUUGGUUUCAAUUCGGAGAGCGUCAUAGGAAAUGUUAAAGGACGAGUCUGGGAAUACAUACGCUUGUUUUUUUAAAGAUGAUUUUUUUUUUUUUAGAACUGCAUUGUAUGGUAGAGAGAUUUAUUUUUACUCCCCCACCCCCUUCCUCCUGAAAUCUGUGUCCAUUACACAGAAGUUGCUGGAUGCUAAUUUGGAGGCAUGAACUCUGAACACAGCUGGAAGAGGGCAGGGCCAGCGAGCUCUCAGAGGGACAGGGACCCUCGUUCAGACGCGGCUCUCUUUGAACCCCUUCACACCACGCAUGUGCAGCUUUUUGGAGGCAUAAUCUCAGUUCUUGUUCACCGUUUCUGCCACCCUCUUCUUUAACCCUGCGACUCUUAACAGGCUCUAUCCCAUCAGCUGGACAGCAGCCACAGAAAUGUAAUGUAUAUGUUGUGGAUUUUUCUUGUUCUCCUUUGGGGCAGAGGCAACUUUCUUCUAGUGUCAUUCAUUUUGGUGCUUGCUGUUAAACAAGAAAAUUAAAAAAGAAAAAAAAAAUCCUAGGACACUGUUGAGACUCAAUCUUGACAGCAGGUGAUUAUUGCAAACCCGCUAUGAAUUUGGAGGAGCUUGUCACGGUGACUUCCUCACAGUCGCCUCAAGAGACAGUACAUAAAAACUGAACUCCUUCUCUUUUUCGCAGCGCUCUUCGUUCCCUGCUCUCCCCAUCAGCUUGCCUUCUGGUUUGUGGUUUUCUCUAACAAAAUAGUCAAAUGUCAAAUAGUUUCCCCCUCUAUCAUUUUGACACUGCAUUUUUAACUUUUUUUUAAAUUACAGAUUAUAUGGCGUAAUUGGUAUUGUUUGAUUGCACUCACAUUUGAUUAUAAAAAUAAAAAAAAAUACAAAAAAAAACUAUAUGAAAGAGAAGCUAUGAGAAGGUAGAGUAUUUCUAAAGUGAAAUUGCAGAAAUAUGUAUGUGUAUAUAGCUAUAUAUAUUUUUUCUCCUUUAACAGUGGAGUGAAAGAGUGGGAGGGGACGCUCUCUCCUCAGACUGGCUGAUAGGUACUUGAAUAUUCAUUAUUAGUGGUUCUGUUUUUUUGUUUUUUUUGGUAAUCCUUAAUGUAGGAUUGUUUUUGAACCGUGCCUGUAAAAGGUGAACCAUGCUGUAAGGGGGUGUACUUACAGGACAGUUAGCUAUGAAUGAAUGUACCCCUUAUUCACACUGAUACACAAUACAUAUACCUUCACACACCCAUUUGUACAUGCUCAUGCGUAACACUUUCAUAUGUGCAUUUAUUGUUUGAUUAGCUUCAUCGUAUACAUUCACGUUCCUACUCCAUGUACUUCACAUGUGAGUUUUUUCCUGCGCUGUGCGAUAAUCGGACACAGACAUGCUCUGGAGGCCUUCUUUACUUCCUCCUUUUUUUGUUUUUGCUUGUUUAUUCAUCGACUUCACCUGCUCUGGUGUGUAGCUUUAAAAUUAGUGUUUAAUUGAAUUUUAUUAGAUGAUUGUUUAUGUAUGUAUAUAUAUUUUUGCAGUUUUUCCCUCUUCUGGUACACAUAACUUGUAGCCAUAUGCUGGAAAGCUUCAUUUUAGGAUGAAUAGAUUGAGUCCGUUUUCAGUCGAGAUGGUAAAGAGAUAUAUUUUGUGCGGUGAGUGCUCAAGGACAUUAAUUUGCGUUGUGUAUAUCAACAAUUAUUGAUGCGUAGAAUAAUUGAGACAAAGUAUUUUAUUUAUUCCAAGUGUGUUGGCUUAAGAAAAGAGGG